UAGAAGGAGUAUUUUUGGAGCUGUGGAACGCCAUUAGCUUUAUUGGCUUAACUGUACCUUGCUCUCUUUAUCGCACCUGAAACUACAAUGACUUUAAAAGUAGAGCACACUGGGUGUGACUGCACGACUGUAAUGGACUCCGGUGUUUAACCUACUUUCCCCGAAAAGCCUCAAAUGGCUGUGCGGAUGUCUCAAAGACGAAAACUGAUAUUACAGCAGUUUUGGGGGAAUCCGCAGGGUGAAGGGCGUCGAUGGGAAUUGGGGAUCUCUGGAGACCAGAGGGCCGCCCCUCAAUUGCAGCUCACGGAGCAGACAGACGCUCAGGGUUAUUCCGGCGGAAAAACCGCUGCGUGUGUGUUCUCACAGGGGUCUGCUCCUCUGUGUGCGUGGCCACCGUGGUUUUCCUGUUACUCGUGGGAGUCUGCCUGCUCUACCUGCCGGAUGCAUUAGCGCCUGACCCGCUGGUUUCUCUCAGCCCGGUGACGCUGCUGAUUUGGACGCAUCCAUUCGGUCAGUAUCGAGAACUUCCGGACUGCCUCGAGCUGUUUCAGAUAGACGGCUGCACGCUCACGGACGACGAGCUCAGGUACCCACAGGCUGACGCCGUGAUAAUUCACCACCGGGAGAUUGCCACUGGCUACGCCGAUCUCCCACCAGAACCGCGGCCACCUGCGCAAAAGUGGAUAUGGAUGAACUUCGAGUCUCCCACGCACACGCGUGGACUCUGGCGUUUAGGGGGUGUUUUUAACCUCACGAUGAGCUACCGGACAGACUCGGACAUUUUCCUCCCCUAUGGGUAUCUGGUCCCCCUCGCGCGCACAGAGAGGGCUCUCCAGAAGAGCUUUGCGCUGCCGCUUCGUGGAUCUUACAGCUCCAAACUCCUGCGGUCACGCUUCGUGGCCUGGGUCAUCAGCAACUGGUCGGAGUCCCAGGCGCGCGUGACCUUCUACUACCAGCUGCGCCAAUACAUCCAGAUCGAUGUGUUCGGGCGCGCGGGCUCGCCGUUACCGACAGGCAGCGUGGUGCCGCUCGCCAAGCGGUACCUGUUCUACCUGGCGCUGGAGAACUCCCAGCACACCGACUACAUCACGGAGAAGCUGUGGAACGCCGUGCUGGCCGGUGCAGUCCCCGUGGUGCUGGGUCCGUCCAGGCAGAACUAUGAGCGUUUCCUGCCCCCCGAGGCCUUCAUCCAUGUGGACGACUUCCCCUCAGUGGAAGAGCUGGCCCAAUACCUGCUGAUGCUGAGGCGGAGCCCAGCUCAGAUGAGACGGCACCUGGACUGGAGGAGGGGCUACGGCGUACGCCAGCCGACCUUCUUCAACGAGCACUUCUGCACGGCCUGCAGGGCGGUCAGGAAGACCAGAGGCAGGACUAAUGUAGUCACAGACCUGACACGUUGGUUCCACUCGUGAAAACAUGCAUCAGACCUCCAGCACCUGUUUGAAAUGACGGCAAAGCCGAGAGAUAAGACCGUGAGAGGGGAAAGAUUUACUAACCACAUGCUGCUUCCAGAGUUUACAUAUCAAAUCUUUUUAUCAUCAGUGAAAGGGUAUAUUUAAUUAAGGUGAUUUAUUAAAUAGUGUAAUAACUUAAAUACAUUUAUGAUCAUUGAUCUUAUCUGAGUGAAUUCUUAUAGAAGUUAUUUUUUAUCUUAAUUAAUUAAUUUAUUUUAACUGACUC